GAUCGCUUCUGGUAUCACGACCAUGCUAGGCGGGGGCACGGGACCAAGCACCGGCACCAACGCGACAACAUGUACACCUGGCAAAACCCAUAUUCGGCAGAUGCUCCAGGCUAUCGAUGAGCUACCUCUGAACUACGGCAUUACUGGGAAAGGAAACGAUGCUGAAAAGAAGCCAUUGCAGGAACAAGUCGAGGCGGGUGUUUGUGGCUUGAAGCUACAUGAAGAUUGGGGUAGCACACCAGCAGCCAUCGACAAUUGUCUCAGCGUGUGCGAUGACUACGACAUUCAGACGCUCAUCCAUACCGACACUCUGAACGAAUCCGGGUUUGUAGAGCAGACGAUUGCAGCUAUCAAAAACAGAACAAUCCAUACAUACCACACCGAGGGGGCUGGCGGUGGACAUGCACCUGAUAUCAUCAGCGUAGUAGAGCACGACAACGUACUGCCAUCGUCGACGAACCCCACGAGGCCGUAUACCAAAAACACUCUGGACGAGCAUCUUGACAUGCUGAUGGUAUGCCACCAUCUAUCCCGAAACAUCCCCGAAGACGUCGCAUUUGCAGAGUCGCGGAUCCGCGCGGAGACGAUUGCGGCAGAAGACGUUCUGCAUGAUCUCGGGGCCAUCUCCAUGAUGUCUUCGGACUCACAGGCGAUGGGCCGUUGCGGCGAGGUCAUCCUGCGAACAUGGAACACGGCGCACAAGAACAAAGUGCAACGGGGAACGCUCAAAGAAGACCAAGGGACCGAUGCAGACAACUUUAGAGUCAAGCGAUAUAUCAGCAAAUACACCAUCAACCCAGCCAUUGCACAGGGCAUGGGUCAUCUCAUCGGCAGCGUCGAAGUAGGGAAAGUCGCAGACCUGGUGGUCUGGACGCCGGCAAACUUUGGCGUCAAACCGAAGCUGGUUAUCAAAAGCGGUUUCUGCGCAUACGCACAGAUGGGUGAUCCUAAUGCCUCCAUCCCCACGGUGGAGCCUAUCAUUAUGCGGCCCAUGUUUGCGCCUCUUGUACCAUCGAGCAGCAUCACGUUUGUCUCGCAGGCGUCGAUUGAUUCCGGCGUGGCAAAGUCGUAUGGGCUGCGGAAGCGCGUGGAAGCUGUGAAGAAUUGUCGGAAGAUCAGCAAGGCCGAUAUGAAGUUCAACGACACGCGGCCAAAGAUGAAGGUAGACCCGGAGAGGUAUACAGUCGAAGCAGAUGGAAUGGUGUGUACGGCAGAGCCGGCAGAGACCCUACCUCUGACGCAAGGAUAUUUUGUCUAUUAG